CCAACAACAAUCAUUACAACAACAGUAACACCAACAACAACUACAAAAUGCAUCUAACAACAACCACCAGCAAUUCGACGGCAUCCAAUGCCAACAACAACAACAACAACAAUUCAACAACAAACAACAACAACAACAAUACAACAACAAACAACAGCAAUAACAGCUCAACAGCGAACAACAACAACACGAGUAAUACCAAUGGCUCCAACAACACCAACAACAACAACAACAACACGGAGCAAAACACACCACCCACACCCGCCCAACUAUUGAACGAGGCAUACACCAAAAUGACCUCGGACAUACUGGCCGAGCGCACACUCGGAGACUUCCUCACCGAACAUCCCGGCGAGCUGAUCCGCACAAGCAGUCCGCUCUUCGUCUGCACCGUCCUGCCGCCGCACUGGCGCUCCAACAAGACACUGCCGGUGGCCUUCAAGGUGGUGUCGCUGGGCGACAUUAUGGACGGCACCAUGGUCACGGUGCGUGCCGGCAACGAUGAGAACUACUGCGCCGAGCUGCGCAACUGUACGGCGGUGAUGAAGAAUCAGGUGGCCAAGUUCAAUGAUCUCCGAUUUGUGGGCAGGAGUGGCAGAGGGAAAAGCUUCACGCUUACCAUCACCGUGUCAACGAAUCCACCGCAUAUAGCCACCUACAACAAGGCCAUCAAAGUGACUGUCGACGGGCCACGCGAGCCCCGCUCCAAGACAAGACAGAUAAUUAAAACUGAAAAAAACUUAGUGCUAUCCCUUUUAGGACAACAACAGCAGUUCCACUUUGCGUUCGGCCAGCGACCAUUCCACUUCUCAACGGAUCCCCUAUCCGGCUUCCGUAUGCCGCCCAUUGGCAACUGUCAGAGUGCCAGCAACACGCACUGGGGCUAUGGAUCAGCGGCGUCCGCCUACUCGCCGUACUUGGCCAGCAGCGGGCUGUCCUCCUGCACCACACCCACAUCGGCGCAGUUCAACAAUCCGGCACUGGGAUUCACCUGCUCCUCGAAUGAUCAGAGCAACAACCAGGACUUUGGGGGCGCCACCAAUCGCGACUGUGUGCCAAUGCUGCCCGAUUCGACGGCCAGUGAUCUGGACCAGCAUCUGAGCAGCCUCGUGGGCUCCACCAGUGGCCAGAUGACGCACCACAGCCUGCUGGGCGCCACCGGCCAAACGUCCAUCUCCUCGACCGUGAACGGAGCGAGUGCCGGCAGUGCUGGCACCGGCGGCACUGGCGCUGGGGUGGCUGGCAGCGGCGGAGCUGGCGGCAACUCGAUUCUGGUGCCGCGCUAUCACACCAAUGCCAGCAACGAUUACAAUGUCCACUCCAGCCAGAACGGGCCGCGCAGCCUGAGCGACAGCUCCCAGGCCGAGUCACCGGUUCAGGAGGAUCUGCUGUCAACGAACACCCCCAAUCUGGGCAGCGGCACCGGCGGCGGCGGCGGCACGGCCAACGGUGGGGCGGCCAAUGGCGGUGCAGCGGCAGGAGCGGGCGCCGGCAGUGCCGCCUCGGCGGGUGCCGCCGCAGCUGUGGGCGUGGGCAAUCCAGGCGCCAUGCUCGGCGCCAAUCAGAAUUUCCCGGGCAUCGUGAACCAAGCGCAACAUGUCUCGGCCUCCGCCUAUGGCGGCGGUGCUGGCGUGGGUGGUGGCCAUGGCAGCGCCGCGGCAGCAGCGGCCGGAUGCAAUGGAUCGCUGUACCCGGUCCUGCCCGCCAGCCUCCUCUACUCGCAGCUGUACACGGCGGCCAAUCAGUCGGCCCACGGCUUCCACUCGCACACGCUGCCGGCCCACGCCUCGCCCAACUCCUCGGUGCAUGGCGAGCUGCAGAGCGUGAUGGAUCACAUCAGCAAUGUGGGCGUGCGGCAGCAGCACAAUAUCAUGGCCGGCGGCGGUGUGACCCAUCCGGGCGACCUCACGCUGAUCGGUAAUUGUGGGGCGUCGGUGAGGAAUAUCGAGGACGGUAACAGCAAUCGUCAGGUGGCCGCCUUAGCUGCCCAUCGCGGCCACCACAAUCCCACUGAUAAUGGGGGCAGCGUGUGGAGGCCAUAUUGAGGUCAGGUUCUGUGGUGCGGCUCUGCGGUUCUAUAGUGCGAGGGGCGCGCAGCGGAGACGCAGCACGAGGAGCAGGGGUAUGGGUACGGAUACGGG